CUCAACCCAAAUGUUAAAGUUGUAUUUAUGCCACCAAACACAACGUCAUUGAUUCAGCCAAUGGAUCAAGGGGUGAUCAGAUCCUUCAAGGCCUAUUACCUGAGAAGAACCUUCAAACAGGCCAUCCGUGCAACAGAAAAAGGUGAUAAAAGCCUGAAAGAGUUCUGGAAAGGUUUUAACAUUUACAGUGCCGUGAAAAACAUUGGAGAAAGUUGGGCUGAGGUUACACAGUCAAACAUGAAUGGUGUGUGGAAAAGCGUGUGUCCUAGCCUAGUGAAUAACUUUAAAGGCUUUGAUAGUGAUAGUGUAGAGGAGACCAAGAGCAACUGUGUAAAGCUUGGGAAUGAGUUAAGUCUGGACAUAGAGGAGAGUGACAUAAAUGAGGUCCUCGAUUCUCACGACUCAGAAUUAAACGCCGAAGAUCUGAUGGAGCUGGGGAAACAAACAGAGGCUGAUGAAAAUGACGACGUAGUGUUACGGCAGUUUACAAUAAAAACAUGGCAAGCGCUUUUCAAGCCCUGGAAAAAGCAAUGGUGUUCUUUGAAGAGCAAGACCCAAAUGCAGAAUGCUUUGCCAGAGUUCACAGGGCAAUGGAAGAUGCAGUGACUUGCUACAGAGAAAUCUAUGAUGAGAAGAGAUAUGCUGCUAAACAGUCAUCAAUUCUUCAUUUCUUCAAGCAAGCUUCUCAUUCCUCAACCUCAUCUCCAGCCUCAACUCCAUCCACAUCUUCAACUCCAUCCCGACUGUUAACUCCAUCCAGAGCAUCAACCUCAAGCCGAUGUUCAUCCCCAGACUCCCCCUGAUGAAGAACUUCUUACUUCAACAUCACCUCAGAAACAGAAUGAGUGAGCAAGUGAGGCAGCAGAUGUGUGUGAGGGAGAGAAAACGAAAAUGGAAAGCCUGUUACCAUGACAACGGGGAGGUAGACGACCUUGAGAGGCUGCGCACCCACCAUCACAACAAUAACAACUCCGGAGCCUUCGCCUGGGCCACACGAUACUCACAGCUCACUUGCACCGUCUGCGCCUGUCUGCUGAUCCCUAUUGCAUUUCCUGCUCCGCUGCCCACGCUU